UAAUAUAGCAUUUAAUGGUGCAGUGCGGAACCUUAAAGCGCAGAGUCUGUUUCCUACGGUAACAAAAAACGUGACUCAAGACACUGAGCCAAGCUAAUGCUAACCAAUAGCACGUUAUUGCAUAGCUCGUAUUUCCUAAGAAAUUACUGUUAAAAUAGGGGAUUUUAGGCUGUUUUUUUAUUGAACACGAAUUUAAAUAAUGAAUAUAUCAGUGAUUAAAGUAUAGUUAAGGUCUGUGGGGCUGGAUGUUAGUUAGCUGUAUUCCCUGUGUUUAAUCUGCAUUAACUGUCAUUAUCAUGGUUUAUUGACUAAUGUAUUAAUUUAUAGAAUUUAUUUACUGUUUUUAUUUAUGGUGAUUUAUUUAGGCCUUGAUGAAAGUCGGAACCUUAAAAGGCAGUGUCUGUUUCCUACGGUACCAAAAAAGUGUGACUCAAAACACUGAGCCAAGCUAAUGCUAACCAGUAGCGCAUGUUAGCACGUAUUUCCUAAGAAAUUAAUGUUAAAAUAGGGGAUUUUAGGCUGGUUUGUAUUAAACAUGAAUUAAAAUAAUUAAUAUAUUAGUGAUUAAAGUAUAGUUAAGGUCUGUGGGGCUGGAGUUUACUCGGUUUUUAUGUUAGCUAGCUGUAGCCUCAGUACUGUAUAUCAGGGUGUAUUUAGUAUAAUGGUUUAUUAAUUUAUAGUGAUUUAUUUACUGGUUUAUUAAUUUAUAGUGAUUUAUUUAGGCUUCAUAUCGCAGAUACUCUUCAUAUUAAGGUAUUAUCUGUGGUUGAAGAGCUGGGAGAUGGGUAUAUAAAGCUACAGGCUGGUUUAUACAGUAAGAAAGACCCCAGGCUUCUCUAAACCCAGUAAAAUGUCCAGGCAGUCCUCGGUAGAUUUGGACCCCGGUUCCGAACCCAGACCGCCCGACACCGUGCUGCAGAACCACGGGGAGAAGAACAGCCCGAUCAGCGUGAUCCUGGUCAGUUCGGGCAGCAGAGGAAACAAACUGCUGUUCAGAUACCCGUUUCUCAGAGUGUCCGAGAACAUCGCUUCAUCCGCAGCAAAACAGCGGAGUCCCUAUGUGUUGAGCAGCACGAGUGAUGUCACAGAUGACCCGGAUGGAGAUUCGAGAGAACAAACUCCACUAACUGAUGAACAGUUGGUAGCAGGAUUCUCCGAUAUCAUCCUCGCCACCAUCCUGGCCACCAAGUCGGACAUGUGCGGCAAAAAGUUUGAGCUGAAGAUCGACAACGUUCGCUUCGUUGGGCAUCCGACUCUCCUGCAGCCCCCCCACACCAUCCAGGUCUCGAAGACGGACCCGUCUCCUAAAAGAGAAAUGCCCACCAUGAUCCUGUUCAGCGUGGUGUUCGCAUUAAGGGCGAACGCCGACCCGUCGGUGAUCAGCUGUAUGCACAAUCUGUCGCGGCGCAUCGCCAUCGCCCUGCAGCACGAGGAGCGCCGCUGCCAGUACCUCACCCGAGAGGCCAAGCUGAUGCUCGCCAUGCAGGACGAGGUCACCACCCUCACCGAGACGGACGGUACGCCUCAGUCACCUUUCCGACACAUACUGCCCAAAUGUAAACUGGCCAGAGACCUGAAAGAAGCGUACGACAGCCUCUGUACGACCGGAGUGGUGCGACUCCACAUCAACAACUGGCUGGAGGUGAGCUUCUGUCUGCCCCACAAGAUCCACCGGGUGGGAGGGAACCACAUCCCCCCAGAGGCGCUGGAGAGCAGCCUGAAGGCCAUCCGGCCGUAUCACGCCCUGCUGCUGCUGGACAGUGAGAAGGCUCUGCUGGCUCAGCUCCCGCUGGACUGCUCCCCGGCUCUCCUCCGCCUCAUCAAGAUCUGCUCCGCCAUGAAGAACCUGCAGCAGCUCGCCCAGGACGCUGACCUCGCCCUCCUGCAGGUGUUUCAGAUAGCUGCUCACCUGGUGUACUGGGGUAAAGCCAUCAUUGUGUACCCGCUGUGUGAGAACAACGUCUACAUGCUGUCACCACACGCCAACAUCUGCCUGUACUCUCCACUGGCUCAACACUUUGCCCAGCAGUUUCCUGGUCACGAUCUGCCGUCUGUUUUAGCUAAAUUCUCUUUACCGGUGUCUCUGUCUGAGUUCAGAAACCCGCUGGACGCUCCGGUUCAGGAGGCUCAGUUGAUCCAGAUGGUGGUUUGGAUGCUGCAGCGGCGGCUGCUGAUUCAGCUCCACACCUACGUGUGCCUGCUGGUGCCGCCGGGUCAGGAGCCGCCGGGUCCACCGGAGGACGAGCCCCUGCCCGUGAGCCGAGUGACGGGUCGCAGCCUCAGCACCCCCAGCGCCCUCAGCUUUGGGUCUCCCACCAGCAGCGACGACAUGACCCUGACCAGCCCCAGCAUGGAUAACUCCAGCGCCGAGCUGCUGCCGGGAGGAGACUCUCCGCUCAACAAGAGGAUGACCGAGACCCUGCUGGCCAGCCUGAGCGAGCACGAGCAGCAGGCCAUCCUCAGCGUCCCCGCCGCCCAGAACCCCGACGACCUCCGCAUGUUCGCCAGGUUACUGCACUACUUCAGAGGUCAUCACCACCUGGAGGAGAUCAUGUACAACGAGAACAUGCGGCGCUCCCAGCUAAAGACUCUGUUCGAUAAGUUCCGCAGUGUUCUAGUGGUGACCAAUCACGAGGACCCGGUCAUCUCACUCUUCCAGUCCCCGCCGGAGUGACCCGCUGUGGGCCGGACACACUGCACACCUCCCCCGGACCCUCCACUGCAGAAUUCACACUGGAUACAGAGAUAACACCGAGUGCUGUGCAUCACUUACCCUCCCAGUGCUUUAAAGGAUUUAGGAAUAGUGUUGUUAAAUAAUUGGACAGGUUCUGCCCAAUAAACUGUACAUAUUUUUUAUGUUA